UAUCCUCAACACCAUAACGCCGUGGUACAGUCCUUUCUACAGCCGUGUUUUGUAACUUACUUACAUGGCUAUCCCAGAUAUUCCUGGGCGGAUUAACGGACGGGCCAUUGGGAGACAUCUAGUGGCAUACGUAACACCACUAGCUUCUCGACUGGGGCUGGAGAACAAUGGCUAUUCCUUUGUUCAACCGAUCUUAUCUUCCUCAUACCAUGGGUAUGGGACCAGCAGUCUGCAAAGCGAUAGCGACCAGAUCGAUUUACUGGUGGAUUACUUGCGAGAACGACGAGGGAAGAUGCGCAUUGUGUUGAUUGGACAUUCAACUGGGGCUCAGGAUGUAAUAUGGUUCCUCCAUCACGGCCGCCUUCGUAAACAAGUACAUGCAGGAAUCCUGCAAGGUCCUGUGAGCGAUAACGAGUAUGCCCUUUGGAUGGACCCAGAUGGAACACAGCGGUGGCUUCAAAUAGCAGAAGCUUUAAUUGCCGACGGCAAGGACCAAGCUCUGAUGCCUAGAGAGGCGGAUCCGGCUCCAAUUACAGCGUACCGCUACAGGUCGUUGUAUGGUCCAAAUGGGGACGAUGAUAUGUUUACGUCAACCAUGGGGGCCGAGCGCUGGGACCGCUUAUACGCUCCCAUCGAGUGUCCACUGCUCAUAUAUCUUUCUGGGCAAGACGAGUACGUGCCACCUUUUGUCGAUUUACACGCCCUACAUAAGCGAUUUGUCAAGUCCCGCAACAAUCCCCUCGACUGUUGCAUCCUCGAUGCGCAGGCGAAUCAUGCAAUCGAAGAUCCAGUCGAACGGGAUCGGUUUUGUACAGCUGUAGAAAGUUUCCUGUCAUCUUUGAGUAGUUAG